GGAAAGUAAGGAUAACAUUGAAAACAAACUCACUCACAAUUUUGUUCUUUCUGCUAUUUUCCUUUGGAAAUUAAUGUCCCGUUUGUAUUGAUUGGUUUAGACUACAAUUUUAAUUAGUUAAUUGUACCUUCUCAUCUUAAUUAACAUUCUCGAUUGGCUAAAUACACCAUGGAUAUUCAAUCUUUUUCUUUUAAACAAACUCGAUCAUUUGCCGAGCGCAAGAAGCAAUCUGAAAAUUUGAGACGCACCUAUGCCACUAAGGUUCCUGUGCUUAUCGAAAGGUUUCGCAAUGAGAAGCAGUUGCCCAUGAUUGAUAAAACUCGUUUCUUGGUACCUGAUCACCUUCCUGUCUCUGAGUUGGUUAAAAUAAUCAGACGUCGAUUAGCUCUUCAUCCAAAUCAAGCAUUCUUCCUUCUUGUCAAUGGUCGAUCCAUGGUUGCCAACUCAACGCCAAUGGGAUUUUUGUAUGAACGACAACGAGACGAAGAUGGCUUCCUGUAUGUUGUUUAUGCAUCUCAAGAAACCUUUGGAUAAAAAUUCAACGUAAUCUUCAUCUAUUUUAACUCACCCUUCAAGAUGAAGACUAUUCUCUCCUUAGCAACAAAAGUUGUUGCUAAAACAAAAAAAAGACAAAAGAAAGAAAAUGCAAAAAAAUCAAAAUUUACACAGAAAAAGAUAUAAUAUAUUUAUCUAUAAUCUUAAAAAAUGACGGAGGCGAUGUUAAAAUUUAAAGAAAAGAUUCGAGAUGAAUGUACAAUCGAUGGCCACCAUUUUUUCAGUUUCAUUCAAACAUCUGACUGUAAUGAAGCAUUCAUCUUUCAAGAUAGUCAACAGAAAACUAAUAUUGUAAUAGCAAUUGUGCUUUUAAAUCUUCAUCACUUUAAAGGACUUCAAGCUUACUUGUUUAAUCUUAAAAACAAAACCUUAUUAAUAGGUUUAAUUAAAUGCAAAAAAACUUGACAACUUGAAGCAUAACUCAUUGAAAACACCUUGAGCUAUUUCGCUUCGAUUUGCUUCUCUUCCUCCUUCACUAUUUCACUCUUUAAUCUUUCUUUCUUGUAAUUCUUAUUCUUCCUGACUUGAUGUUCUUCUAAACAACUUUAUGUGUAAAAUAUGUACUCUGUUUUUCAAUCAGUUAGGCUGAUUAAAAACAAUAUGUAAAUUCAUUAACAUAAACGUUACUUAUGUAUAAAAUCAUGAAUUCACUCAUUAUUUGUCCUUGCCAUAUAUUAAAUUGAGUGAAACUGUUAUGAGUAA